AUGUUUGAUGAUGUGUCUAUCUCUGUUCUUCUUGGCAAUUUCUCCUCACAUUCAUUUUCACCAAAAACAGGCGUGCUUCAAGGUUCAGUUCUCAGGCUGCAUCUAUACUCUAUUUACAUCAACUCCCUGCCAGCUCUUCUUUGCUCAGUUGCAUCUCCUCUCACUUCUACCCAUGUGCCAUCAUCGUCUCCCUCCUCAUUAGAUGCAUACCAGUCUCUUCUUGCUCCUCCAGAUGUGAAUGGCUACCAGCAUGCAGUCUCAUCAAUGCCAAUAAAUACACUUCUUUUUGCUGAUGAUGUGGCAAUAUUUGGUUCUGCUCAUGACGUUCAGGCUAUGCUCCAUUUGGCUGCCCAACACUCAUUUACUCUUGAUCUAUCUCUAUAUGAUGAGAUUCUUCCUGCAGUGGAGGAAUUUAUAUAUCUUGGUGUUCUCUUUUGCAAUAAAGGUAUUCAUGAGCCUUCUAUUGUCACUCAUCAUCGUUCUGGAGUCCUGGCAACCAUGGCAAUGCUGAAUGCAGUUGGAGUAUGCUGGUCUGGAUUCUCUCUGCUUCUCAGCUCUCGUCUGUAUAGGACCUUUAUCAGACCAAAAUUUGAAUAUGGAUUGGCUAUUCUCCCUCUGAAAAGAACUGAUACUAUCCAGCUUGAGAAGAUCCAAGAUAAAUGUUUGUGCAUAAUAGUUGGUGGGCACCAAACCUCAUCUACCACUUUUUGUAUCCGUGCUCACUACCUUCCCUCUGGCUGCCUCUUGUCUCUUCUUCACCAUCAUUACUCUCAGUCCUCAUCACUUGUCACUCUUUGUCAUAAUACUCUCCUUCAAAGCAUUCCUAUUGACUUAAAUGUUCAUACAUGCCGCCCUCUUUUGGAAGUAGAUCCUAUUCUGUUCUUGCCUGCAACUAGGGUGGAACGUAGCCGCCUUGUCCGCUGGAGAAUGGGUUGGUUGCCUGGCACUCCUAAGGAUUGCCCUUGUGGUACUGACCAUACCUCACGUUGUCAUCUUGCUGUCUGCUCUUUGGUUUCUGCCCAUUUGUUGGCCUGUCUUCCUAUUCCAUCUGAUCAAAACUGUAAUCCAAUUGAUUUUGCUAUUACUGCUCUCCCAAAUUCUAGUCAGGCUCCUUGCCCCUCUUAUUGGGUAGCCCUACUUACUAUUCUCUGGCAUUUUGAUAAGCUUUGUAAUCCUGAUGGUGACUACACUCAUGAAACUCACUUUGGUACUCUUUGGGCUGAACUUAGCUAG